GUAGGAAAUCUUCGGCCCUCGCAUGCGAAAUGGCCCUUUAUCUCAUGCCUUCUCAUCGUUAAAAGAGUCAGCAACUCGCAUUGACUCAUUCAAGCCCGAGUAGAGUCAGGGACUUGCCCCGAGUCAGGGCUGAAUCAGCAAGACUCACCUGACUUGGAACGUGCGGGUACUACCAAAACGGAGUCGACUCGGACGAUUCAUGUCGGACUCAUACGAGUCUUAAAACUAUGUUCCUCCUACAAAGCCAAAUCCCCUUCUGGGGUGUCCCGCAUCCCGACGCAUGAGUUCAAAAAAUAAAAAUAUGAAAACGCCAGUAACUCUGUUUUAAGGAAUGAAUGAAUGAAAUUCCUCCUCUUUCAGCUUUCUUUUCUCAGGCGACCUGAUCGCAUCAUUUCCAAAUCCUCGCCGUUAAUCUAUCAACUAGCAUUCGUUUCCUCAUCCCCACCUUCACAGUCUUCAAAUUCAAAGAACAAGAGGAAGAAAACAAAGGAGGAGAAAGAGUGGACAAAUCUAGACCGUUCAUUGCAGCUUCUGCAUCUCAUAAACCCCCAACCCUGCAUCCAACGGUCCGAAAACCACCUUCGCCUCAUACAGGAUUGUAUUCUGGAGCUUUCCCGAACGGAUCCCAAUGAGGAACGGCUCAAACGAUCGAGAAAUACUGUUCCUGGCGGUCGUGAUGCUCUCAUGUUGCCUAAGAAGGACGCCCUUUAUCUGUUUGAUGAAAUGCUUGAAGAUGGGAAGCGAGUCGAUGCCGUUAGUCUUUCGGGUGUUUUGAGUGAUUUUGGAGCUUUACGGGAUCUUGAUCGAGGGAUGCAGAUUCAUGGGUUUGUGAUCAAAGGUGGAUUUGAUGAGCAUGUCUCUGUUGGUAGUGCGUUGGUUAGUUUGUAUUGCAAAUGUGGGAUUUUGGACAAUGCGUAUAGGGUGUUUGAGAAUAUGCCUGUGAGGAAUACAGUGUCCUGGACUGCGAUCAUUGCUGGGUUUGCGCAGAAUUGGCAGGUUGAGGCGUGUCUUCAGCUUUUUCUUCAGAUGAAGAGAUCGGUAUUGAAGCCUAACGAUUUCACGUUUGCGAGCCUUUUGAGCGUGUGCGCGGCCGGUGGUUCACUCAGCCUUGGGAGGACAGCACACUGCCAGACAGUGCGGAUGGGUUUUGAUUCGUACGUUCAUGUUGCAAACUCUCUGAUCUCGAUGUAUGCUAAGUGUGGGAGCAUGGAGGAAGCUUUUCAUGUGUUUGAAAGUAUGCCCCACAAGGAUCUCAUCUCAUGGAAUUCUGUGAUUACUGGAUAUGCACAACACGGGCUUGCCGAACAGGCACUACGUUUGCUUCGUGAUAUGGAGAGCGAGAAUAUUUCGCCAGAUGUGAUCACUUACCUCGCCAUUCUCUCCUCAUGUCGUCAUGCGGGCCUUGUGGAACAAGGCCGCCACUGCUUUGAUUCGAUGCUCGAACAUGGAGUGGAACCAGAAUUAGACCAUUAUUCAUGUGUCGUCGAUCUCCUUGGCCGGGCCGGACUGCUUGAAGAGGCCUAUGAGUUCAUAAAAAAGAUGCCUAUCCGCCCGAAUGCCAUUAUAUGGGGCUCGUUGCUUUCAUCAUCCACGCUUCAUGGCAAUGUGCCAAUCGGGGUUCAGGCUGCAGAAAACGGGCUUCUGUUGGAACCAGGUUGUGCUGCAUCCCACGUGCAACUGGCAAAUCUGUAUGCUAGCGCAGGGUGGUGGAAUCAUGUGUUGGAAGUCCGGAAACAGAUGAAGCAGAAAGGGUUGAAGCCAAGUCCAGGAUAUAGCUGGAUCGAAAUCGGGAGUGAGGUUUACAGGUUUAAAGCCAAAGAUGGUUCAAACACCAAAGUAUAUGAGAUAUUUUCUGUGGUGGAUAGUCUAGUAAGCCAUAUGAGAUGUUUGGGCUAUGUGCCUGGAACAAACACAAGUGCACAUGGAGAAGGGAUUCUUAUGUGAUUAUGGAGGCUUGCUAGCCCCACACACUGCAGACGUUCCAAUUCUGCAAAUAUGUGGGACAUCUGAGUGGUGGUCCCAACUAUGAAGAUGAUUUAACUCCAUGGUUGCUAGCAAUGCCAAGUCCUUGGCCAUUGAUUUGGGUUUUGAAGUCUUCUGUGGGACUGCAGCAGUUAAUGGAGUAAUCACCAUGGAGAAUUUUGAAAUUGCAUAGCAUAGAAUGGUUGGUUUGGGCAACACGUGGAGAUGGUCCGAUGAUUGGAACCAUCCAUCUUCUCGGCGCUGCCAUGCAUGAGCUAAAAUGAAAUAAUCACGAUCCAAAACCAUCCUGAUCUUUGAUUUUGGAGUUGUUGAGUCAUUGGAAAUGUUCUUUAUGAUGUCUGCAUCGAUCUAGAUGCUUUUGAGGCAAGCUUGUUAUUGUGGCCAGUAUUGAGUAGCAUCCUAAACAUGGACGGGACAUGCCAGAACCAACUCACCACCAAAUUCCAAACAUAUGCUUUAUGUGUAAGAAGGCUGAGAAAACAGGGGAAUACCCUUUUUAAUCAAUCCAAGGUCAUUCCAAGGAUUUAGUUUCAGUUCAUAUGCCUUCCCUCGCUCUAGGGAAUCUUCCCAAAUCUCAGUUGCGAAGACACUUGAAAGUUUGGGUAGGUCCUUUCAAAGAAAGAGAUAGAAUACCUAGGAGAUUUGUCCUUUGAGUUGUUCUUUCAGGCAUGUGUGGAAUGAAAGGAAUAAGAGAACCUUCGAUAGCCUGGAGGCGCUGAUUGAUUUGUUUAUUUUUAGUAUCUUGUUCUUGCAGAUACAGACGGGCCCUCGUAAGGCAUUUCAAGCUUUUCUUCUUGGAUUCAAUCAAAGAUAGGGAGAAACUCAAUUGCAGGCCCCAUCAUGAACUGCACGGCAGGAAGGCGAGAUCGAAAGUGGGUGCGUCCUCCUAUUGGACAGUGGAAACAAAUCUUGACAGCUCAUUCAUGGGUUAUUUGGGACCUCAUCCAAUUGGGGCUUUUGUUGGAGAUGACACAUUCCAAAGAACUCUAUACCAGCAGGACUGGAGAACUCUAACCUGGCGGAGGCAAAGACACUUACGGAGGUCUUGCAAUUCUUGCAACGAUACCCAAGGGAGAAUAUUAUUGGAGGAGAUUCCAGCAAUUUCAUCAGUUGGGUGUCCAAGGAGUUUCUCAGAGCUUUUGAGGCUUUAACUCCAUCUUGAAUUAAAUUUGGAUCGUUCUUCUCUAAACUUCCUUUUAAAUAUAUAGAGGAUGCUGACGUUACGGAUUCUCUUGCCGAGAAGAGAUACUAGAUUGGCUCUUAACAUGGGGAACUCAUGCCCUCUAGCUUGAUGCACCUUGGUGUUAGGCCUUUGGCUUCUAUUUUCUUAGGAUUGUGGAUCAUCUGAAUCUCGAGACGCUCCUCCAACCAAUCAUAUACUUAAUGAGAUAGGUAAACCAAGGAGACCCCCCUAUGAAAACUGUAUAUGAGAAUUUCAUCUCAUUUGACUCUAGCAAAAAUGCCCAAAUAGUGAGUGCUAAGGAUAUGUACCAGAAAGUUUGGAACUUUUUAGCUGCUUGAUUCAAUCGUCCUCGAAGAUACAAGCGAAGGAACCAAAAUCCUGAAUCUCUUCUUUACGAUGAUAAUGCCAAAUCUCAGGUUGGCUCUU